CUGGGAGCGGGAACCCGAGCCGGAGCCGCCCGUGCCAUCCGCCGGCUGGAGCCGGGCCGGGGCGGGACGAGCUAUGAUGUCGACCUACAAGAGGGCUACGCUGGACGAGGAGGACCUGGUGGACUCGCUCUCCGAGGGUGAGGUGUACCCCAACGGCUUGCAGGUGAACUUCCAUGGCCCCCGGAGCAGCCUGCGGUGCUGGACUGCACGGACCCAGGUGGAGAAGCGGCUGGUGGUACUGGUGGCAUUAUUGGCGGCAGGACUGGUGGCGUGCCUAGCAGCGCUGGGUAUCCAGUACCGGACAAGAAGCCCUCCGGUGUGCUUGAGUGAGGCCUGUGUCUCGGUGACCAGUUCCAUCCUGAGCUCCAUGGACCCCACGGUGGACCCGUGCCAGGACUUCUUCAGCUAUGCUUGUGGUGGCUGGAUCAAGGCCAACCCUGUGCCCGAUGGCCACUCUCGCUGGGGGACCUUCAGCAACCUCUGGGAACACAACCAAGCCAUCAUCAAGCACCUGCUGGAAAAUUCCACGGCCAGUGUGAGUGAGGCCGAGAGGAAGGCCCAAGUGUACUACCGUGCGUGCAUGAAUGAAACCAGGAUCGAGGAACUCCGGGCCAAGCCCUUGAUGGAGCUGAUUGAGAAGCUCGGAGGCUGGAACAUCACGGGGCCCUGGGCCAAGGACAACUUCCAAGAUACCCUGCAGGUGGUCACCGCCCAUUACCGCACUUCUCCCUUCUUCUCUGUCUAUGUCAGUGCCGAUUCCAAGAACUCCAACAGCAACGUGAUCCAGGUGGACCAGUCUGGGCUGGGCUUGCCCUCCAGAGACUAUUACCUGAACAAGACUGAAAACGAGAAGGUGCUGACCGCAUACCUGAACUACAUGGUGCAGCUGGGGAAGCUGCUGGGCGGGGGGGACGAGGACGCCAUCCGGCCCCAGAUGCAGCAGAUCCUGGACUUUGAGACGGCCCUGGCCAACAUCACCAUCCCCCAGGAGAAGCGCCGAGAUGAGGAGCUCAUCUACCACAAGGUGACAGCAGCCGAGCUGCAGACUUUGGCACCGGCCAUCAACUGGCUACCUUUUCUCAACACCAUCUUCUACCCUGUGGAGAUCAACGAGUCCGAGCCCAUCGUGGUCUACGACAAAGAGUACCUGGAGCAAGUUUCCACGCUCAUCAACACCACUGAUAAAUGCCUACUCAACAACUACAUGAUCUGGAACCUGGUGCGGAAGACCAGUUCCUUCCUGGAUCAGCGCUUUCAGGACGCCGACGAGAAGUUCAUGGAAAUCAUGUAUGGGACCAAGAAGACGUGCCUCCCUCGCUGGAAGUUCUGUGUGAGCGACACUGAGAACAACCUUGGCUUUGCCCUAGGUCCCAUGUUCAUCAAGGCGACCUUCGCCGAGGACAGCAAGAACAUAGCCAGCGAGAUCAUCUUGGAGAUCAAGAAGGCCUUCGAGGAGAGCCUGAGCACGCUGAAAUGGAUGGACGAAGAUACCCGGAAGUCGGCCAAGGAAAAGGCCGACGCCAUCUACAACAUGAUAGGCUACCCCAGCUUCAUCAUGGACCCCAAGGAGCUGGACAAGGUCUUCAAUGACUACACUGCUGUCCCAGACCUGUACUUUGAGAAUGCCAUGCGCUUUUUCAACUUCUCCUGGAGGGUCACUGCUGACCAGCUCAGAAAAGCCCCCAACAGAGACCAGUGGAGCAUGACCCCACCCAUGGUGAACGCUUACUACUCACCCACCAAGAAUGAGAUUGUGUUUCCGGCCGGGAUCCUGCAGGCGCCCUUCUACACUCGCUCCUCGCCCAAAGCCUUAAAUUUUGGUGGCAUCGGUGUCGUCGUGGGCCACGAGCUGACUCAUGCUUUUGACGAUCAAGGCCGUGAGUACGACAAGGACGGGAACCUGCGGCCGUGGUGGAAGAACUCCUCCGUGGAGGCCUUCAAGCAGCAGACCGAGUGCAUGGUGCAGCAGUACAGCAACUACAGCGUGAACGGCGAGCCUGUGAACGGCCGGCACACCCUUGGCGAAAACAUUGCCGACAACGGGGGCCUCAAGGCGGCCUAUCGGGCCUACCAGAACUGGGUGAAGAAGAACGGGCCUGAGCACACCUUGCCCACCCUGGGCCUCACCAACGACCAGCUCUUCUUCCUGGGGUUUGCACAGGUCUGGUGCUCGGUCCGCACACCCGAGAGCUCCCACGAAGGCCUCAUCACCGACCCGCACAGCCCCUCCCGCUUCCGGGUCAUCGGGUCCCUGUCCAACUCCAAGGAGUUCUCCCAACACUUCCACUGCCCGUCUGGCUCGCCCAUGAACCCUCAACACAAAUGUGAGGUCUGGUAAGGGCCUAAGCUGACAGCCACGGAGGAGGGCAGGGGCCAAGGACAAGCCGGCUCCUCCCACUGGCCUCCCCUCGGCCACCCUGGGGUCCUCGCCGGCGCCUGAGGCUUGGUCGCCAACACUGGCUGCCCAGCGCUCAGCCUAGUCUGAGAGCUGCCCUGUGACGGACUUGUAAGGCCAGGGGCAUGGGCACCGUGCCAGUGGGCAUUUGGCAGCAGGCUGGUGGUUUGCUCAGCAGGCCUCGACCCAUCAUGACAUGGGCAGUGGGACGCAGCCCCGCCCACAUCACCACAAAAACCACUGUGUCAAAGGCUUUAAAUAUAUAUUUUUGGGGAAACCAUUUUGUACCAUUGUGGCAAACACUGGAAAUCUUCAGGGAGAAAAUGCAUUUUAAAUACUUUUUUUUUAAGGAAAGGAUUGGAAUAUUUAUUAUGUUGUGCUAUCUUUCUAAGUAACCUGUGGACAGGGGAGGUCUCUCAUCUGCCAGGCUGGGUUGGGGCAGGGACGUACCCCCUGGCCCCUGACGUCAUCUUGUACAGUGGGAGAGCCAGCUUGCCAGUGGCACUGAACUGUGGGCACUGUCUCAGCUCAGCUUGCCUGCAGACUCUGACCCCAGAAUCUGACAGUGGGAACCCCAGAAAGAGGGGUCUGCACCCCAAGAUUGUGGCUGGGGACCAAUGGCCAUCGCACAACGAGACUAAGUCAGGACCCUUGAAUAGAGUCUGGGGGUAUCCAGGUACCCCGAUCCAGACUGCGCUGAGACCCACCUGGUGGGUGUCCACCUCCAGUCCCCGGCCCCACCCACUGAACUCGGUCCUCCGUCACCGGCCUGGGCCUGGUGUCCAGGCCAUCUCUUAGUGCCUUAGCUGAGGCCACAGCCCCUGUUGCCUGAGGUGCCCUCAAUGGAGUCCCCAAGUGUCCUGGAACUCACCAGGGCAGGGCUGUGAAGGGAAGCCCCUGCAGCACCCCCAGGCUGGGGCCCACAGUGCCAGGGCCCCUCCCCAAGGUCAUGGCCCUAGGUUCCUCUAGCCCCGACUGCUGUCCUGGGAGGUGGGAGGAGCCCCCAGACACUGAUGCAGGGGCGACUGCAGCCUCUCCUGGUGCAUCCCAGGCCACUGCACCCCUGCCCGGGAAGCCGGGACCUUCCUGUCCAAGAGGAGCAGAUGCUAGCUUGUCUUCUUGUCCCUGCUUGGCCCGGGACAGCCCAUGACUGGGGCGGGGCUGCAGAGGAAGCCCAGUCCCCACACGUGGCAGGUCUGACCACUAAUCAGAGGAGGGGCUGCCAGUGACCAGCGCCAUCGAGGUGGACUUGUCCCAGCCCUGGGGUCCUCUCUGUGCCUCCUCUACCCCCCCCCAUCUUCCCACCUUCCCCCUGGAGUGAACCAGUCCUGGGCCUCUUGGGGCGCAAGACGGCAGGCUGCACAUGUUGCUUGGGGCAGCGCACGGGAGGGUGUUGGCUUCUCUGUGGGUGCCUGCGAAUCUAUUUUUUUUGUAUUAUGUUCUGUGCUACUGUAGUUCGGUGUGGCACUAUUGUAAUUGAAAUAAAGUACUUGUACUGAGAA